AAAAACAAAAACCUAAGAGUUAACCUCAAAGAAACGAUAGAGAGUUAUUAAUUAUCUUCUCGGAGUGAAUAUGAGUGAAUCUGCUGGUGUUUCCGAGGCUACGGAGACGAAUGGAGAUGGAGGACAACCCUCCUUCAAUGGAGAAGCUGACGAGCAUCUCCAGAAGUCACCAGGAAGUGCUGAAGACAAGACCACAGAACGAAUCGGCCCAGACUCUGUAUCAGAGAAUGCCUCGAAGAAGUCGACCCCAGGAAGUGGAAAUCGUUCGAAGAAGAGGAAGAAAGCCCCAAGGGAUGCAACAGCCCCUAAACAGCCUCUCACCGGGUAUUUUCGAUUUCUAAAUGACAGGAGGGAGAAGGUCAGAGCAGAAAAUCCAAAUAUGUCGUUUGCUGAACUGACGAAACUCCUGGCCUCCGAGUGGAGUUCUCUUCCUGCCGAACAGAAACAGCUGUACCUAGAUGCUGCUGAACAAGACAAGGAGAGGUACAAUAAGGAGUUCAGCGAUUACAAGCAGACUGAGGCCUACAAAUUGUUCACUGAGAGGCAGAGCACUGAGGGCAAGAAGGAGAGGAAUGGAACUGCUGAGAAUAACGAGCCUGUGGAACCACCGGUAACUGAGAAAGACACGGAUUUCUCUGGAUUCGAUAUUCCAAUAUUCACUGAGGAAUUUCUCGAUCAUAAUAAAGCCUGCGAGUCUGAGCUGCGUCAGCUCAGGAAAGCCACUUCUGAUUAUGAAGCCCAGAAUGCUGUCCUCCAGCGACAUGUGGACAGUCUUCAUGCUGCUGUUAAUAGACUGGAGUCUGAGACUAAUCAGCAAAGGACAACUAAUCAGUCAUUGCAGCGGCACCUGGAUGCCCUCAGGGGUCAGCUUGCUGGGUGUUUUGCUACUGUUCCCCUGCCAGGCACCAACGAAGGAGCAACACCGCAGAAUAUCGAUAAUUAUGUGGAAAAACUGGAGACUCUGCUGAAUGGAAAUGCAGAGCCUUCUCUACGAAACGCUCUUCGAUCAGCUGUUUCACGACUGGAGCUGCUGGGAUGACAUUCACCCACAGGUGCUAGUCCACCUCCCAAACAUCGUUCUCGUCAUUCCCAUCGUAAAUAAAUCACUCAUCAUUCGCGAGUUAAUUAAAUAUAAAUGCCCCUCUUUUGGGUAUUAAUUAAACAGCCAGACACAUUUAAUUGUAAAAACAGUGUUCUAUAAAAAAUAUUUGGAACUUCAGACUUCUUCCACGUACAUUAAUUCAAUUACUUACACAGGACUCAAUUAAUUUAGUACAGAUGAAUAAACGAUUUCUUCGAUUUCA